AUGUUCACCGUGUGCUACACAGCAAGGUUCGACAGGUACACUGACUUGCACCUGAACUAUUUUUAAAUGAUAGUAGACUUGCGCAGCGCCUGUCGCACCUUCCCUUCCCCAUUCAUCACCUGGACUCGAUGCCAAGAAAGAGUCAAGAAGACCAGAAGCGGGGAAGGGCGCAGGUCGCCGGCAGGGUCGGACCCGCACCCCCUGGUCUGCAACAUACACUUGGCCAACAACAACACCCCAACAGGGGUCACAAGGACGAGGAUGAUGACUGGGCAGCCAUGCCCACCAUCUGUAUACCCAGCGGAAGCGCAAGCGCAUCUACCGGCAGGGAACCAGGUGUUAGGGAACUGCCAGCGCAUACCAGGCUGCGAGGGCCAUGGUUUGCUGAUUACUGGCAUAGCACACGCCUUCAGACCUUUUGACCUAGAGGGGCGACACGUGACCCACAACCCUAGACCACACACAGCACAAAGGACAGUGUCAAAGCUACAGGAGUUUGAGAGGGACGCUCUUUAUCAUCCACCAUACUUACCAGAUCUUGCUCCUCCCGCCCCCAUUGACUACCACUUCUUCUGGAAGAUGGAUAACUUUUUUCAUAAAAAAAAACAAUUUAAUUCUAGCACUGCUGUAAAAGAGGCUUCCCAUGGUUUCAAUGGUUCUCACUGCCAGCCUUCUACACCAUCGGUCAGCGCAAGCUACCAUCGAAAUGGCAAAUACGCAUUGGCAAUAUGUGUGGGUGCGUUGAUUAUUGAACUAUUCCUUAUACUUAUAAAACGUUCAUGCUUGACUGCCCAAUACAUCAGGAAAGUCGCAACCCAUAAUUGCAGCAAGUUGUUCCUCUUUGGUGGAGGUGGAGUGAAACCAAUAGGGUGUGUUUAUUCUGUACAGAGACCUGGGUAUGGAAAACAGAACAAACAAAUUUCAUAGUCAUCACAUUUAAGAAAAAACAGUUUAUCAACUGUCGAGGGAAAGUGGUCGCUGGGUUAGGAAACAAGUCUAAUCACGACUGUUGUAUUUCAGCCCCGUUUAACUUGCCAGUAAGGAUCCUUUUCAAGUUGACGUACGGCAAACGAUAUGUGGCGGAAACCGUGCCGGAUUGGAUGGAGGGCAUUCGCUACGAUUAGAUCAACGUAGAUGGCGUGGCAUUUACAUUAGCGCUUCGAUCAGUGAAGUGCCUGAUCAUUUUAAAAUGUCAUCGAGAGAGGAAGGGAGGAAAGCAGGCGAAGUAUGCGUCUUAAGGUGGAAAUAGACUUUCUCGCACAAAAGAAGGCCAUAAGCGAGAGAAUACAGGAAUCUACAAACCGAAAGAUUGAUGAGUGAGGGAUGUAGUAGACAGGUAAGCGUCGGAUGUAAUAGAGUAAUUUACGAAUUCUGUUAAUGAAGGGAAAUAAGGGCCUAGAGGGCGGAGUAGCACCACAGCUUUGACAAGAUGUGGCCUCACUGGGAUGGCUGUCGAAGGAUUCAGCUGGGGAAGAUGGCGGCCGUCCUGAGCCACAUUGCUCUGAUUCCUGACCUUCAAGUGGACGAUCAUUUUUCCAACGACCACGCCGAGACAUGAUCCACAGCCUUCUUAAAAGUUUGGCGAUCAGUCCUAUUGUUGACAGGGCACCUAACGACCCUAAUAUCAGCUCAGCCAACAUUCGGACGGCCGUUGGAGGGUCUCAGGAGUCUUCGUGAAGCAAAAAGCCGUGAAGGAAUAGGGCGAGACCUUAAAGAAUGCCAACUUUUUCAGGAGGAGGGACAGAUGUACGGCGGUCCGAUCGAACGAACUGAUUUAGGGGGGGACUUUCAACGAAUUAAUUAUAACAAAAAUAAUGGUAUUGAGGGUAGAAGGGGCCAUCAAACACGACACUGGGUCUGUCUUUAUGUGCCAAUUGUAGGGGGUCCGAUAAAGUGAAGGACGAAAAGGAUUUAGGAUGGAAAAACUCCGAUCUAACAGUUCGCACUUGCCUUUGGCCACGCUCCCGCCCUGAAUGCAGUACGAGGUGGUGAGAUACGGGGAUCAUGGGGUUGAUGAAAGUACAUUAGGUGGGCUAACUCAUGAAAUGUCAAUUAGAAUUUUGAAAUCCGUUUUCGUUUCAAAAAGAUUAAUUAAGGAGGGUUUUAAAGCUGAUCAUUGUGCAGAAUAAUUCUAUAAUAAUUCAGUUAUCUCAGGAUGCUAGCUUUUGAACGAAAUUCUUUCCGCCGCAUGCAAAAACUAUACUGCGUAAAAAAUGACAACUUAUACAGCACGCAUUUUUCUCAUUGAUUUUCGAUGCCCUAAAUGUUCAAUUUUAUUUCAUGAAAAACAUACAUAAAAGUAUUCAUUUCCCUACUCACUCGGUAGAAAAUUACGUCUUCUUUCAAUCUUAUACCCGAAAGAAGGGUAGAAGUUGGUUUUCAAAAACUUUCCAAUUCUCGAGUAAAUCUGAACCCUGCCUGUCGUUACACCUGCAUUCAGGGUUUCCAAACUGCAAGCCGUAUUUUUUCUGCGUACGGAAAACCAUACAUUUCACUACGGUAUUAAGAGGAGACCAUAUGGGUUCAUAAAAUUUAGCAGUGGAUUUUACCCAUAUUGUUAACUUCACAAGGUACAUUGGUAAAUGCAGGGACAUGACGUUUUAUGGACGACCAUUUCACGGUAUUAAACAAUCUCACAAUCAGAAACUUUUUUAAAACCUACUUAUAUCCUUCCUUCAAAUAUAGAAUUGAAGGACGUCAUUUUCUAUUGAGUGAGUAGGAAAAUGAAUAUUUUUUUCAUGUUUUCCAUGAAAGACAAUUGAAUUUUUAGGGGCAACGAAAAUCAAGGAAAAAAUGCUUGCUGCAUAAGUUGUCAUUUUUUACAGAGUGUAGUUUUUGCAUGCGGCAGGAAAGACGUUCGUUCAAAAACCAGCAUCCUGAGAUAAAUGAAUUAUUAUAGAAUUAUGCUGCACAAUGAUUAGUUUUAAAACCCUCCUUACUUAAUCUUUUAGAAACGAAAACGGAUUUCGGAAUUUUAAUUGACAUUUCAUGAGUUAGCCCAGUUACCGUAAGUAGAAAAAGUGGAAUAAUGGCAAGGUUACUGAGAGGUUCCCUUUAACGCGCUUUUACGCAAAACAAAGGUAGGGCGGAGGGAAAGUGCCAGCAUGAAAUCCAAAUAAUCGUAUUGUUAUGCGGCCUAAACUGCAGCCUCGCAGUGAUUAAAAAUACCAGCUCUCCAAAUUCAGACCUUGAAGAGGAAUAAUAGCAUAUCACAAUUUUCUGACAUGCAGAAUUGACCAUUAAAUUACACCUGUAGAGUAUUUCCAGUCCAAUACACAGCGGAGGAUAAGAUUAUAAUAAAUGUGGCGAAAUUACGUAACAGAAAUAUAAGAAAUAGCAUGAAAUGAUUAGUUGAAUUGGCCGCGUAGUCGUGUGGCAUACUAGUACUUCACAAAAAAAUAUGAAAUGACACUUAAACAAUGAAAUUAUAUGACAACAACAAUGAAGAAAAUAAACGACACUGAAGUCAACACGGAAAACCUAGCGUCAAAUCUAAACCUUCGUCUAACCCCAAUUCGAAUCACAGAGCUUAAUAUUAAAGCUAAAAACGAUCCUCGUUAAAAUCCAAAAUGUGAACUUAAGCCUAACCGUGAGCACUGAAACAAUUUUAAACCGUAUCUAAACCUAAAAUCGAAAACUUGACUGUAGUCCUUGGCGUAAUUCCAACCGUAAAUGUAACGAUAACCUAAGACGCUUAAGAGGCGGUGGUGGUGCCUAUUGUGGUGGUGUUGGUGGUGGUGGUGAUGAUGAUGAUGAUGAUGAUGAUGAUGAUGAUGAUGAUGAUGAUGAUGAUGAUGAUGAUGAUGAUGAUGAUGAUGAUGAUGAUGAUGAUGAUGAUGAUGAUGAUGAUGAUGAUCCCAAAACUAGCCCUUAUUCUAACACUGAACCUUACUAUAAACUGAAAUCUAACGUUAAGCGAAAACUGCAGGUCAAGUACUGCCCAGAAAAUAACCCUACCUUGGACGUAGGACGAGGCAUAUAACCCGAAAAGAGGUCUUAUACAACUGUCUCAUGAUAGGACCUUACCCUUUACCUUCAUUUCCCCUUCAAUGGAGAGUGUAGCCGCAAGAAUGGAGGAACCCUUUUUUUGUUUCUUACCUCAGGCUCUGCCAAUACGACUUACAACUACCCCAGAUACAUUGCCUACUCGACCACGGAGGCGAAUGUCAAUAACAUCUAAGGGCCCCUCGGAUUACCUUGAACGGCACCUCGGCAGAAGUCAGACGACAAGAGGAAUGAAGCCAAACCUCGAAUGUGGUAUUGUCUGAAGGAUAUCUACCGUGCCUGCGAAAUCCCUGUAUUUUGUAUCGUCCAACUGAAGGCAUAGCGACUGACAGAACGUCUGUGUAAACCUUGGCCGACUUUUCUCCUAACGUCUAUUCCGCAUUUUCUCUUGACGUGUUCGUCUGUAUGGCUGGAGAACAUCAUUGGCAAAAAGCAAGCUACUCGGAUGAAAUCAGUAUACACUGGGACAUUUUACACCUCGCUUAGACGGUGGUUGAAGGUGAAUCUCACCCUUUUAGAGAUAGGAGUGACUGUGACAGUAUUUCAAGCAUCAGAUAUUUAAGAUCCCUCGAGACACCCGUUAAUAAGAUGCGUUAAAAACAAUUGGUAUCUCAGUAGAACAGGAUUUAGUGGGAUGUAGCGAGACAGUAUUUGGUCCAACAGCUCUUAGGCCAGAGACCUUUAGAAGAUGCACCUAAACUGCUUCAACUGUCAGAAGAAAUGAGGAUACAGCGAUCCCUUUUCGAUCAUUAGGAUUGUGUUUCAGAACCCUCCGCAAAAAAGGGAGAACCCGAUCAGUUAAAGCCAUAUCUUUUAAGACUGUUUUAUAUAUUUUAGGUCCCUAUAAACACUCACACAUUUUUAUAAAUAUUUCUUACACAGUUAUACAGCAUGAAUUCCAUAAAUUUUAUCGAAAACUAGGUAGGAUUCGUUUAAAUGAUAUAUGGAAACACAAUGUUUUUGUACCACCCGCAAAUGUAGAUACGUAUUGCACGUCACUGAGGAGUUUAAUUUAAUACUCAAUAAAGCAUGUGCCAAAAAGACAAAGACCUAGUGUCCGCAGAAAUCGGUGAAUCAGAUGAAAGUCCGUCAUAUGUAUAUAUAUACUUGCUAAAAGCCCAGACACGUGUUUCGCCGAUAUUCUGCCGCUGUGUGACACAGUUGCGAGGGGUUCGGCUCUUCAAUGGGACCCCCAGCGUUCUCUAGCGGUUUCUGGUAUAUGAACUCCAGAGAAUAAUCAGGUGAAUAAUUUCACGUGUCUGGGCUUUUAGCAAGUAUCUAUGUCGGGAGUACGGUAUUAUACCUUUACCAUAUGGAAUUCAUACUACUCGUAGUACUACUUGUUUGUAGAAUGGGCAUUACGUGGUUAUUCCACAGUAGUUGAUUGUCUUCGACCCAAAUGUUCAUUGAAAUUUCGGUUCUGACUAUCGUUUGUCGGCCUUGCGUAACUCCGGGCGCAACGGGACAAUCAUGCUUCAUUGCCCGAUCAGCGAAAUCACUUCCUCCGUAGCUGGUAUUCCCAAUCACAACCAACAGGACGACUGACCCCUGGCUCCAUGGUAGUGUGUUCGAUUUAAUAACACUCGAUGAUCAAAGAACUCGGGUUUGAUCUCCUGGAGUUCUUAAAAACCUGGGGUCGGGUAAGCCUGUCUGACGACGGCUAACGGGCCAGAAAUGGCCAUUUCAGUCUCCCUUGUUUUUCUUGGUACUUCUGCGAGACGACAACGCAUGCAGAAUUUACUGACGUCAUAAAUUUCGAGACCUCUCAUUCGGCUGCACAUGGUCAUUGCAUAGUUAAAUGAUAAGGCAAACUUUGCAGAGGCCGCCGAAAUAUGGAGGAGGAAACCAGAACUCUGUUAGCAGUUGGACCACGUGAUAAACCUGGCACUACCAGGGUAAGGAUCGAUUAUGGACGAAACCCCGUUCCCAUAUACACCCUCCCAUUUCGCCUCCACCCCCCUCCCCCUCCCUGGCAUGACUGAAUGCUGCCCGCGCGUUGCACUUUAAAUCACUGUAAUCCUAACACGCACACUUGGAUGACUUCUCUCCCCCUCCCCCCCUCGCCAUGCGCACCCGCAUACUAGACUCAUGUUUAAUGUUACCUAUCACGUUUUAUCUCUCUAGGUCAAUCGUUGAUUGGACAUUUUGCCUUGUCAUAUAACUAUGCAAUGACCGUGUGCAGCUGAAUGAGAGGUCUCGAAAUGUAUGACGUCAGUAAAUUCCGCAUGCUUCGUCGCCCUUGCCUUAUUCAAAAUUAUUCCGGGAAAACAUUGCCUCAACCCUUUGCGAGAGUUCUAGAUUGAAUCCCCAAGGCACAACGGGACGAGCAUGCCCUGUAAACUUAUCGGUGAACACACCUCCACCACAUGGGUCAGGGCGGCACGUCGACUAUUAAAAAGAUUAAGGCUUUUCAAAGAAUCGGCGAAAAAUAAGAAAGAACGAUAUGCAAGUAAAUGAAAAAGGGCUAGCUGAGAAGCAAGACGUUUACUCUGGCAGUUUCCUUAAAUACUAGGUCAUUAAAGUUUUCCAGACUGUCGCAUGAGCCUACCUUGUAGAGUGCCUCCUUUUGACGACCGAGAAGCUUGACGUGGUCUCGGCGUAUUUCAACCAGAGUGAUGUGAGCGAGACUGACUACAUUUGCCCCCUCAAGUGAGUGCCAGCAGGUGGCGAAUUGAUUGGCUGGUUCGACGGUUGUGGCCUCCUGAUGCUGACUGACGCGUGCUGCGGUCACCCGAAUGUAAUGACCACGUGACCUAUUCCCUUCCUCCCAGACGAACUGCGCAACAAAUGUGCCAAGCCAAAACGAGGUCAGUAUUGGCACAUGGUCCGCUGAUUCUGUGUGAGACACUCACUAUGACCGUGACCGAUCUCAUGAAAUGUUAGCCAAAAGUCUGGAAUGCGUUUCCGAUUAGGAAGGAUUACUUUAGUGGGGUUGUUAUACUAAUUAUCAUGCAGCAUAACCCUAUAAUAUUUCGGACUCACCAGGAUGUCGGCUUUUGAAUGCGCUUCUUUUUUAUCUCCUGCAGAAGCCACACUCGGUAAAAAACGACUACUUAAGUAGCAUGCAUUUUUCGCACUGAUUUUCGAUGGUCUUAUAAAUUCGAUCAUCUUUUACAGAAAAAAUGCACAAAAAUACGCUUUUUUUGCUCAUUUGGAAGGAGAUUACAUCGUUUUCAUAUUUUAUGCCCGAAGAAAGUGCAUAUUUCAGUUUUAAAAAAGUUUCUAAUUAUGAGAUUUUUAAGACCUUGCGAUGUCCAUGCAUGCAAUACCGCAAAUGUCCGUUGACUAAUGCUCCUCAUUAAAUGUACAAUAGGAAAAAUGCAUGUUACUUAAGUAGUCAUUUUUUACCGAGUGUGGUUUAUGCAGGAGAUAAAAAAGAAGUGCAUUCAAAAGCCGACAUCCUGGCGAGUCCGAAAUAUUAUAGGGUUAUGCUGCAUAAUAAUCAGCAUAACAACCCCACUUAAGUAAUCCUUCCUAAUCGGAAACGUAUUCCAGAAUUUUAACUAACAUUUCAUGAGAUCGGUCACUCACUGUACAUGAGCUUUCAGCGCUGAUAAAGGCACACUCAGACAUGUCACAGCUUCACUAACGCCUGUCAUGAAUCAAUGCGGUCCCGGUUUCGGUCUAACACGAAGGCGGCAUGGCUCGUCUGGACGACCCACUUCGAGCGGCAGUUUGAUCGUCCCAUGCGGCAACGAUCUGGAUGCUGGAUGGAAGGUAGGUUAGUAGAUGUAUGUGAGUUCUCGGAGAUCAGACCCGUUUCACGCCUGCCACUGUGUCCAAUCUCAUCGCCAGCCAGCCAGCGAUGAAGCCACUGGGGUCUGGGCGAGGGACGAAAGACUGAAGCCAAUACCGAGAUACCAUUUCUCCUGGUUUUGAGCCACGAUGAUCCCUGCACUGAAUGUAGGGUCAGGUUGCAAUGCCACUUCCCUACUGCGACCUUCACGGCAUUUCUCACUUCUGUGCGGUUCCAGGUCAGGUGUGGUGGACGUUGGGUGGCGACUUCACUUCACGUCAUCACGUCAUUGUGUGCACUUAACUUCCCAGUUGGUUUAGCUUGGACAGGCCAUCAGAACGUGGGAGAAGGUAAGGAAAUAGGGGUUGAGGAAACUUUUAUCCAGCACCUAAUUUCUAAAGCAUUGGCAGUCAAACUUGCCUUCUGGUCAUUGUAACGCGCUGAUAGUCGUGGCUUGCGGGCCAGACGGUGGGAACGAGAAACAGAUGACAAUGGCUCCUUCUCAGUGUUGCCAUGAAGGCAUUCUCUACUGUGUGAGACCUGAGCUCGCACAAACUCCAAAAACUACCGAUGUAGUGGUGGUGGUAGUGGUGGUGGUGGCGGCGGCGGCGGCGGUGGUGGUGCCUGCGGUGGUGGUGGUACCUGUGGUGUUGGUGCCUGUGGUGCCUGUGGUGGUGGUGGCGGCGGCGGCGGCGUCGGCGGCGGUGGUGGUGCCUGUGGUGCCUGUGGUGAGGUGUAA